UCUAAACAUCACAGGGAAUAACCUUUUGACAACUUUUGCCCUUUUCAACCAAAAAAACUAAUCAGCUAACCUAAGCUUCAUAUGUUAAAAGUACCCUAAAAUAUUCAACUACCUAGCUUCUUAUACUACCCUAGUCUACAUUAAAUAAUAGCAGUUAACUUUUCUUAAGUACAUUUCUUAAAUCAAAUCAAAUAUGAAGUCAAGUACCUGGUUACUUAAACAGAUUUAGAAAAAAAAACCCAGAAAAAUCAAAUAUGAAGUCAAGUACCUGGUUACUUAAACAGAUUUAGAAAAAAAAAACCCAGAAAAAUCAAAUAUGAAGUCAAGUACCUGGUUACUUAAACAGAUUUAAAAAAAAAAAACCCAGAAAAAUCAAAUAUGAAGUUCAAAAUCAGAUGUGAAAAAGAAUAAAACUAGAUUUGAAGAAAGAAAAAGAAAAUAAGAAAGACCAAAUAAGAAGAAAGAGAAGAAGAAUAAGAAGAAAGAAAGAAGAAGAAGAAAUAUUCAGUUAAGUCCGCCAUGGGACUGUGCCUAUCCAAACUCUCAUCGGAGCUCCCCCACUCUGACUCCCUCAACGGCAGCCAUGAAAGCCGAGCCGUCUUCUCCGACCAACGCAACUCCACCAAUACUCACACUCGGCCCCACGCUCUCUUCUCUCUCUACUCCCGCAAAGGAACCAGACCUCUCAACCAAGACUCCGCAGUUCUCUGUCAGGGUUUCGGAAUGACUGAAGCAACCGUCUGUGCUGUUUUCGACGACCAUGGACCCAACGGCCAUGUAGUGAGCGAGCUGGUCAGGAAUCGCCUUCCUCUGAUUUUACUCAACCAAAGAGUCGCCGUCAACGAAAGUUCUCCCGUGAAAAUGGAAAACAUUGAAUUCAAAUUGGUACCGCCUAAUUUUGAUAUGGAUCCUAAGAUUUGGAAUGAAGCGAUCACCAGUUCGUUCGAAGUUCUGGACGCCGAGCUUGGGAUUCCGCAUAAAUUUGACUUCUCUUGUAGUGGAACCACCGCCGUCGUCGCCAUUGCACAGGUUCAUGUUUAUGUCGACAUUCCUCACGCCAUCAACGGAACCACCACGGCCAGAACUCGUUCUCAGCGCCACACCCCUGAAACCGAAGGGAACUCUGUCAACCAUGGAGCUCCAGACCGUUUAGACGCGCCUCUCUCCGACCAUGGCCGCUCUACCUCGUCCGUUCCACCUCCGCCGACCACAGCUCCGCCAACCGCAGCUCUGCUACCUACGGUUUCUCCUGUCAUAGCUCCACCGAUUCCACCCAUAUAUGAGAAUCCCUAUUUUCUUUAG